CAACACGGAAGAACACAAGGAAGUAAAACGGUGCUUCGUGAUAGCAAAGAAUAGACAUGCUUUGAAAGACCCGCUCAGAAUUUCCACUGCUUCCAUAUAUUAACAGAAUGUCAACCAAUGAGAGGGACGAGACAAAUGACACCCAAGCAGUGCCGGCCCGAAAAGCCUCCGAGGGCAACACUGACAAGAACCAUCACAGAGGCGUUACAGAAGGUUCCUCUCAGCCUAAUGAUGACACAUCCAUUGUAACAGAUGCAAAUACUGUCGCUGAUAAGAACUUGGCUCUGCUUAAAGCCCACUCCCUGGAUGUGAAGUUUGAAGUUGGGGAAGAAUAUGACAUUAUUGAGACCAUUGGUACAGGUGCUUAUGGUGUGGUCUCAUCGGCCCGGAGACGAGACAAUGGCCAGCAGGUGGCAAUAAAGAAGAUCCCUAAUGCCUUUGAGGUUGUGACGAAUGCCAAACGCACUCUGCGAGAGCUGAAGAUUCUCAAGCACUUCAAACACGACAACAUCAUCGCCAUUAAAGACAUUCUGCAGCCUGUGGUCCCUCACUCGGCUUUCAAAUCAGUGUACGUGGUUCUUGAUCUCAUGGAGAGUGACCUGCAUCAGAUUAUUCACUCCCGCCAACCUCUGACCCCAGAACACACACGCUAUUUCCUGUAUCAGCUGUUAAGAGGCCUGAAAUACAUUCACUCGGCCAACGUCAUUCACCGUGAUCUCAAGCCGUCCAACCUGCUGGUGAAUGAAAACUGCGAGCUGAAGAUUGGCGACUUCGGCUUGGCGCGCGGAUUAAGCGCGGCCCACUCUGAAGAGUCAAGUUCAUUUAUGACCGAAUACGUGGCCACACGUUGGUACCGCGCUCCUGAGCUCAUGUUGUCGCUUCAUCACUACAGCUUGGCCAUCGACCUCUGGUCUGUUGGCUGCAUCUUUGGCGAGAUGCUCGGCAGGAGGCAGAUGUUUCCAGGGAAAAACUAUGUGCAUCAGCUUCAGCUGAUUCUUUCGGUUUUGGGAACGCCACCCGAGAGCAUCAUCGGCUCGAUAGGGUCAGACCGUGUGCGUUCUUACGUGCGAAGCCUCCCUUCAAAAGCAGCAGAGCCGCGUGCAGCACUGUAUCCGCAAGCUGAGCCCAGUGCAUUGGACUUGUUGGGCGCAAUGCUCCGAUUUGACCCUCGUGAGCGCUUCAGUGCAUGUCAAGCCCUCGAACACCCUUACCUCGCCAAGUACCACGACGCAGACGACGAGCCAGUGUGCGUUCCUGCCUUUGAUUUUGAGUUUGAUCGGCAGCCAAUGGGCAAAGAACAAAUCAAAGAAGCUAUACUAGCAGAAAUCCAGGACUUCCAUAAGAAGAAGCAGGGCGUCAGGAAGAAGAUCCAGUUUAGGCCUCUCCAUUCUGGUUCGGCAGGGGUUGGGGUGUCUGGUAGCACUCUUUGCGCGACUCCGCAGUCUCAAAACUUGACAGAAACAGCACAAACUCGCACAAAUCUCAACUUCAAACCUACAGACACUACGCAAACUCAAACGAAUGCAAACUCGUUUCAAGCUUCACAUCACCUUACUCAGAUUUUGCCACAUUUGGCUCAGGUAAGCUGCCAGGAUGUGGACAUGCCCAGCGCGAACUCUGAUGGCCAGCCUGAGACCAUCGAUCUGACCACUCCCACGGACAAGGAUGCGUCGUUUACCGAACCGGUGAUGAACUGCACAAAGGAGGAGCUUGACUCGUCCAAUCAAAUGAUUCCGUCCCACCCUGUCUCUCAGACUCCGCCCACUUCAAGUCUUCCUCAGUCGAUCCCUUCACUCUCUCUCACACAGUCCCAGGCUCAGUCGCUCUCUCAAAAUCUCACUCGUUCCCUGGGCAAAGGAGGGAAAGCGACAACCGGGGAAGGUACAAAAAAAGAGGGAGCAAUUUCAGAAGACACAAAAGCAGCUCUCAAAGCUGCCUUGCUUAAAUCAGCACUAAGGCAGAAGGCUCGAGAUGGAGGCUCUGCAGCUUUUGGUAUCGAAUUACUCAGAGGAUCUGCUGGAGGUUUAUCCUCAUCCCUCUCCUCCUCCAACUCUGGACCAGAGCAGAAGAAGCCAGUCACGGCCCAGGAGAGACAACGAGAGAGGGAAGAGAAGCGGAGGAAGAGACAGGAGCGUGCGAUGGAGCGGAAGAGGAAGCUGAAAGAGAAAAAGGAGGGAAAACAAGGCGAAUCUUUGGGUGGCGUGUUACUCAGCGACAGCGAUAAGAAGCUGUUGGAGCGCUGGGGACGAAUGAUGGACAACCGGGUGGACAAAUCACAGACUGCGGAAACCAAUAGUGCCAAGACCGGUGAGGGUAAAACGGUCCAAAUCCAGCCAGCAAAAGGAAGCAAAGUCGUAAAGACAAACUCAGACGGGGGAGAAUCAAUGGCACCAAAACAACCCAACGAAGUGCAGGCUUUCAAACCACCACAAAUGGGACAGUGUUUGGCAGCUGGAAUAUUCCAUCCAACUCCGACUCAUGAUGCACAGCCCGUCUCUUUAAGUCCAGCUCAGAAUGGAGACGUUGGGAUAGUUGCUGUAGGGGGAGGUGGAAGUGUUGGUGUGGUAACCGCCCCAUGUGCCUUUGCCAAAAACAACAUAUUAAAACCUCAGUUUCUGACUGUUGGAACAAUGUUCACCGGUCUUGAGAACUGGACAGGAACAACUCCACACCAACCCCAGAAAACCCACCAACCUCCACCUGAACUGAAUAACCCCGCUCACACGGGCUUUGCGCACAUGCAAACGCAGCCGAAGCCUGUCACGCAUGCGCAGUCGCAGUCCAACGCUCACAUCCAUCUGCUGCCGCUGGAAUCCUUUAUGACCAAACCAUCAGCUCUGAACCCCAGCAUUGGCGUCUCGGACACCAGCACGUCUCUUUCCAAUCCAGAAAUCGGCAAUGGUCCUCAAGCCCUGGACAAACUUUGUGUUUUAGAGGAGCGACAAAAUGGCUCUCAUGCACAGGGCCCUUCAACACAGCCUCCGGGAGCUGCAGCUCAACCCUGCCUUGGUCUCACUGACACGGGACAGCCGGCAAACUGCAUCCCUGACAUCCACACAGUCACACAGCAGCUCUCAAAGUCACAGGUUGAAGACAUUUUGCCGCCGGUUUUCUCAGUGACUCCUAAAGGCAGUGGAGCAGGAUACGGCGUCGGCUUCGACCUCGAUGACCUCCUCACUCAGUCUCUCACCGAACUCCAGCACUCCGACCUCAGGGAAAGUCACAAUGACUUGGCCCCCCUGUCUGCAUCCCUGCUCUCUGAUUGGCUCGAGGUACACCGCAUGACCCCUGCUGACAUGGAGUCACUUCAGCAGGAGCUCCAGCUGGGAUCUCCCAUGAUCCUCUCCGACAACUCAACGCUUCCUGAUACCUGAUCAGUCCACCACGCAUUUCAUCCCCUUGUAGAACCGGUUGAGGGCCGUGAACAGAGGAACUUGAUAGCUGUAUUGUGCACAGUAGAGAGAAUAUGUUUGAGGCUCCAAAUUAUUAAGGCCUUUACCUAGACUCUUACCCAGAAAAGUGCCUUUAUCUUUAAUGGGUUCGUAUGCAUUAUUUAUCUGUGCCAACAUUAAAGUAUGAUGCUCUGUUCGGUUCUUAAGGGGUUUCCAUUCUCAGAAUUUCAGUGCCAUUACCAAGCAAUUCAGAUCCAGGGAAAAAGAGUUCAGUUCAGCGGUGCUAGUGCCAUUCAUUCCCCCUGGAAUAUCACUCCAUUCAACUGAGUUUAGAGAAUAAUUCACUUGAAAUGGCAACUUGUUUCGCAGACCAGUGUUUAAAGCUAUUUUCUAGUACACUACAGUAGGAGUCACCAGCAGGGCAGCAGUAUUACGGUGGAUGAAACACAGCAGAGCACAAUGAUAUCAUGACUGUAGAAAGUAGAAAAACAUUUCAUUUGAUGUUGCAUGAAUGCCUUGUAGAAAAUAGUGAAACUUGCUGCACCACAUGCAGAUCUGCUCCGUUUUACACCAGCAACAAAGAGUAUUGUCUUGAAUAAAGCUAUCAAAGGGA